CUAGGUCCGUUUUGGAAAAUCACGUUAGCGCAGAAACUACGCAAAAGGAAGAAAAAAAACGAGAUCAGAAUCACCUGCGGGAGAGCGUAGUGAAUGAUACAUGUGCCAUUCUUCCUCACCUCGAAUCUCCUCCUCGACGUCUCUUGCUAGUGAAGUGUUCGAGGGAUUUAACGUGAACACCAAGGAGAAGUGCAUCGUCAAGAUCCUCAAGCCUGUUAAGAAAAAGAAGAUAAGAAGAGAGAUUAAGAUACUUCAGAACCUAUGCGGUGGGCCGAACAUUGUGAAGCUCUUUGAUGUUGUUAGAGAUCAACAACACUCGAAAACUCCGAGUUUGAUAUUUGAGUACGUCAACAGCACGGACUUUAAAGUUCCGUACCCUACACUGACUGAUUACGACAUUCGUUACUACAUCUAUGAGCUCUUGAAGGCAUUGGAUUACUGCCACUCGCAAGGGAUCAUGCACAGAGAUGUGAAGCCUCACAAUGUUAUGAUUGACCAUGAGCUGCGUAAGCUUCGGCUGAUAGGUUGGGGUCUUGCUGAGUUUUACCACCCUGGGAAGGAGUACAAUGUGCGUGUGGCAUCAAGAUACUUUAAGGGACCUGAACUUCUUGUGGACUUGCAAGACUAUGACUAUUCGUUGGAUAUGUGGAGCCUUGGUUGUAUGUUUGCUGGGAUGAUAUUCCGUAAGGAACCUUUCUUCUACGGGCAUGACAAUCAGGAUCAGCUUGUGAAAAUCGCCAAGGUACUUGGGGCAGAUGAGUUGAAUGCGUAUCUAGAUAAGUACCAGUUAGAACUUGAACCACAACUUGAAGCACUCGUUGGGCGGCAUAGCAGGAAGCCUUGGUCCAAAUUCAUCAACGCGGACAAUCAGCAUCUAGUCUCACCCGAGGCGAUUGAUUUCCUGGACAAGCUGCUCCGGUAUGAUCAUCAAGACAGACUUACUGCAAAAGAAGCCAUGGCACAUGCUUACUUCGCGCAAGUAAGGGCAGCAGAAACCAGCAGGAUGAGAAGUCAAUGAAACUCACGAGUGAGAGAUCUGUCUGGCAAGAUGAUGAUGAUGGUUAAGUGUUUGAUCUUUUCUUCAAAUAUUUUCUAAACAAUAUAUGUGUGUGAUGUUUUUCUUUUUGGCCAACGUUAAAACACCCUGUAUUGAAUUACAACGUAUAAAAGUUGUAAACAUUUGUUUUAUGAAUGGUUAUUAUAUUAUUUACACUCUGGCUGCCCCAUAU